AUGUUUAACACGACGGCGAUCUUGGAGUUUUUCGGAUUUGACGGGAAGGAAGAGACGCUUCGCUCUACGAUAAACGAAAACUUUUACAAAUCCAACUUCACCUACAACACCGACUUCGACUUGAGCAAUCAGUAUUUGUCAAUACGUAAGCGUUUCGAAUAAUUUAAAUAUUUGUUUAGAUGAGGACUUUUCUAACCUUAAACAGCAACCGCCCACGGAUGAGGUUCACGCUCGCUCUUCGGUCGCUGAUGCGAUAUUAUACAAGGUUUUUGUUUGCCUGUCUGCUGUACUUUUGGCCGUCACUUUGCCGUUUUCGUUGAUAUUCUGCUUGAAAGUGAGUUAAUGAAUUAAUUAUGCUGUUUUUGUUAUUAUUUCAAGUUUUAAAGGUUUCAUAAGAAAGUUAAUAAAUAUAAGUAAUGUUAUUUCAAAGUAAAAUACGAAUGACUUUUUUCUAAUUGUGUAACUUCAGUUCGUUGCGUCCUAUGAGACUUUGGUGGUACUUCGGCUGGGCCGAACGCACAAAGUGCACGAAAGUGGCAGUAUUCUGGUGCUUCCCUUCAUUGAUAAGGUGCAUCGCAUUGACGUGCGACCGAAGAAUGUUGAACUGCCCGAGCUGAGUGUUAUUACGGCUGAUAAGGGAAUUGUUUCUGUUAAGGUUGUUGUAUGUUAUCAGGUCACGAAUCCGUUUGCGUUGGUUUGUACCAUCAAAGAUAAAGAUGACGUGAGUAUUUUAUGAUUUUAACGUACAAAACUCUAUGGUUUAUGCUUAACACACGUGUUUUGGGUUUUUAAUGACUAUCUUGUGUAAAGAACUUGUGUAAAAACAUAAAGUUUAGUUAAAAUCAUACUUUAAUACCAUAGGGAUUUAUUUUUAGAAAUUUUAUUUUUGUUUCACAAUAGUGUUUAUCAAAUUUUGCUGAUAACAACAUCUGAAUGUCAAACACAAAUGUAUUUAGUUUGCAAAUUAAAACCAUGGUUAAGCGUAACAAAAAACAACUUAAAAGCUAAAACAAAAUAACCUUCAGGUUGUCAAAGAAGUCGCUCAAACAACAUUACAUAACAAAAUCACGAAAAGUACAGUAGCCGACAUUACUCAUCCUCGAAGUCUAGACAGGAUUAUGGAACAAGUUAAUGGCGAUUUGAAGGAGUUUGUCAAUGAUACUGGUAUUACUUUGACAGAUGUUAAAGUUUUGAAUGCCAAGGUUGUAAAACCAGGCGAUAACAAUACCUUUAACACCUUUACUCAAAUCAUGAAGAGUGAUGCCGGUAAACACAUGUUCGGGAUGAUUGGCGAAGUAAUGAAAGAAGCUUUGGGGCACGAUAUUCUUGGAAUGGCGACUAAAAACGCUGCUCAACCCAACGCUACUACAAUAAACAUUCCUCAAGCUGGUCCCAGUGCUAAACAUACUGUUUUUAACGAAAUUAUCAACAAGAUCUCACUGUGCUGUGACAGUAUUUUGGUCUCAAAAGUCGGCAAACGCUACCGCAUUCAUUGCGACUGUGGUGGUUACGUGGAGACGGCCGAUCUGAAUCUGAGCGAGGGCACAGGCAGCGUGUCGACUAAUCCGAAUCAAGAUUUUAAUCCGAAUGUCACGUUCAGUCUUUCCAUAAAAGUGCUUAAUGAUCUCAUCAACGGUGAUAUGAGUCCCUGGUCCGCGUAUUUAAAUGGGCAUGUCAAAUUGGAAGGUUCCGUCGACGAUGCCAUGUCGUUAAAACAUUUGUCCGAAAGGGCGCGUGCUUUGAAGUUAAAACAAUAA